CACCCAUCCCGAUCCAGUGCAAUAAUUACAUUCUAAAAAACGCUAAUAAUGAGCAAAUUACGAGUUAAAAACAGAUACUUUGAAAAAAAAAAAAAAAGAAGAGAAAGAGACAGUCUCACUUUCUUCUCUCCAUCGAUCCCUUGUACCUCUCGUAGCCUCUCUCUGCAACACCGAGGCCUAAAGAGAGAGAGAGAGAGAGAAAUAAAAGACAAUAGAGAUAGAGAUAGAGAUAUCUGUCUUGGAUAUUAACAGAGUUGGUUUUUGAAGACAAAACUAUGGCUUGAUAAAGACCCAUUUUGGGGAUUUAUUGUUUUGUGGGAAAUUGGAAGUGGGUUUUUGGAGAAUGUGGGUAAUUUGGAGAUAAAUUUUGGGGUAGGUUUGAACUGGUGUGUGUUAAAGCAGAAAUGGGUGAUGCAGCAGGAUUAAUGGAGGCCGCUGGGUCGAGAUUUAGUUCUUUGGAAUUGAUUGGGAAAGGAUCAUUUGGCGAUGUGUAUAAAGCGUUUGAUAAAGAGCUUAACAAAGACGUUGCAAUCAAAGUCAUUGAUUUGGAAGAAUCCGAGGAUGAAAUUGAGGACAUCCAGAAGGAAAUCUCUGUUUUGUCACAAUGCCGAUGUCCAUAUAUUACAGAGUACUACGGUUCUUAUCUCAACCAGACUAAAUUAUGGAUAAUAAUGGAAUACAUGGCUGGUGGCUCAGUUGCUGACCUACUCCAAUCAGGUCAUCCGCUGGAUGAAAUAUCAAUUGCUUGUAUUUUACGUGACUUGCUGCAUGCAAUUGAAUAUUUGCACAAUGAAGGAAAAAUACACAGAGACAUUAAAGCGGCGAACAUUUUGUUGAGCGAAAAUGGUGAUGUUAAGGUUGCAGAUUUUGGAGUUUCUGCUCAAUUAACAAGAACAAUAUCUAGGAGAAAGACUUUUGUAGGAACACCAUUCUGGAUGGCUCCAGAGGUGAUUCAGAAUUCAGAGGGAUACAAUGAGAAGGCAGAUAUAUGGUCUCUAGGGAUUACUGCUAUUGAGAUGGCGAAGGGGGAGCCUCCACUUGCUGAUCUUCAUCCAAUGAGAGUUCUUUUCAUUAUACCUCGAGAAAAUCCCCCUCAGCUGGAUGAGCAUUUUUCUCGUCCUAUGAAAGAAUUUGUUUCAUUGUGUUUAAAGAAAGUUCCUGCUGAGAGGCCAAGCGCUAAGGAAUUGUUGAAGCACCGAUUUAUUAAAAAUGCUAGGAAGAGCCCAAGGCUUCUGGAGAGAAUAAGAGAGCGUCCAAAGUACCAAAUAAGGGAUGCAGAAACUCCCAGAAAUGGUCCAAAACCAAUGGGGGAGGCAUCUGAUACAGUGAAGGUUUCAAGAGAUGUAAGAGAUGAUGGAACUGUUAGAGCCAGUGCUCAGGGAAAACCCUUGAAAAAUGCUGGGUGGGAUUUCAGUAUUGGUGGAUCACUGAGUUCUGGAACUGUAAAAAGUGUUCUAAGACCUCCUCAAGUUAGAGAAAAGAAAACAGAAAAUUCAUACAAUAAGGUUACCCAAAGAACUUCAGAGAGUGGUAACUUUUUGUUGUCUCCAUCUGGGAAUGCCCUUCAGGGGUCACCUGAUCUAUUGUUUGGUAAAGAUGCUAGGGAUCUACGUCCUGAUGAACAUCUAGAUAAUUCCCAUGAUUAUGAUGAUUUAUCUAUUAGUGGAUCAGGAACUGUUGUUAUACGAACUCCCAGAGGUUCUCAAUCAUCUACCUUGUUUCGAGAUCAGAGCAGUCCGUCUAGCAGCACAGUUGCUUCUUUUGAAGAUGCUUCUACAAGUGGAACAGUUAUCUUCCGUGGCCAACAUGAUGAUUAUGAUUCUCCUCAGACACCAAAAUCCAGACUGGGAAUAAAAGAGAGAACCUCAAGUGCCUCACUGGAAGACAGUGCCGUGAAUUUAGCUGAGGCAAAGGCUGUAAUUGAAGCAGGGUUCCGGAAAGGAAAUGCUAGAGAAAGGUCUGCUCUGCACAAGAUCAACAAUGAUGGGCAUGAAAACAGAAGAAGAGAGCAAAUGACAAACAGCUCAGAUUCUUCCAGUUCUCGUGACUACUUUGAUGCACAAAGAAUGUUUCCAAGAUCACGCCAAGUAAGUGAUGAUGAAGAAAGUGCAAGAAUAGCAUUGUCAUCAGCACCACUGUCAGUUUUGCUUAUGCCAUCCUUAAAAGAGACAUAUGCUGAUGAUCCAGAAGGAUCAGUUGUGCGUUCUGUUACAAAUUCACUUAUACAUAUGGAGCGGAUGAAGCCUGGAUCUACUGAUGUCCUCGUUAGAAGUUUGCUUCAGCGACUUGCAAGUUCAAAGGAAUCUUCAAUGAAAGAUCUACAGGAGCUAGCAGCUUGCCUAUUUAGCAAGGGCAAGGCAACUCCUGAAGAAACACAAAAUGCAAGUACAGAAGCUGAGAACAAGAAGAAGCAACAAAACAAGGACUUCAAUUCAAAUGCCAAUUUAAGCCCGCUUGCUAGGUUUUUGCUGUCAAGAUGGCAAAGCCAAGUCUCACGGGAUGUCAAUCCAACUUAAAAGAAGAGGUUGGAGGGUAGGAGCUUGAUUACAACUUUGUUUUGUAGUGUGUUUAACUGUUGCAUUCUUUCAUAUAUGAUGUACAUAUCAUUGUAAGAAAUCGGGCAUUUUACUAUCUACUAUAUAAUAUGAUUUAUUUCCUUUAAAUAGUUUGCAGUGGCAUAUUGCUGUAUAAUUAGAGGGUUUAUCAUUGUUAUAUUAAGAAUAUAUUAGAAUAACAUUAAUUGUAUUUAUUGAUAUGUUGGGUAAAAAAUUUUGUCAUUAAUGUU